AUGGUUCCUUUCGUACCAACGAUUAAGCAAACCUUUAAUAGGUUAAUGUUCAUGUUUCCAGCCCAGGCGUUGGUUUUCAUCCUGACAUUGCUUGGAACUGGACCAAAUUCCAAUCGACUAUUACCUUUUUUAAAAUUACCGAUAAUUUAUAUAUUAGUGCGCAAAAGCCCAACAUUCAUAAACAUCCCUUUAUUAACAGCGCUUACUUUUGGAGCAGCUUUGGCUUACAAUGAGCCAUCAACCUCUCCAAUGGAGACCGUAUUGGCAGAAACUUACAAAUACCGUAUAACGUUAACUACAGCACCUCCAUAA